AUGGAGAAUGUGAAUGCAGGCUACAUCAAGCGUCCCAAUGAGAUACGGGACUAUCGUGGAUCCUCUGGGGAGCCUCAACAACAUCAUGAUGCUGACGAGGCAGAGAAGAGUCUCUCCAGAUCAGAACACCUCAAGAAACACCAGCAGAGACCCACAGGGAAGAAAUCUCAUUGCUGCUCUGACUGUGGGAAACGUUGCAAAUAUUCAUCAUACCUUAAAAUACACCAGCGAGUACACACAGGAGAGAAACCUUAUAGCUGUGAUCAAUGUGGGAAGAGUUUUACUCAAUCAAGCGCCCUGAAAUCCCACUUUAAACUACACAUAGGAGAGAAACCUUUUAGCUGUGAUCAAUGUGGGAAGAGAUUUAUUAAGUCUAGCAAUCUGACAGUACACCAGAGAAAACACACAGGAAAGAAAUCUUUUAGUUGUAAUCAAUGUUGUGGGAAGCGUUUUAUUACAUCUAGCCAUCUGACUAGACACCAGCGAGUACACACAGGAGAGAAACCAUUCCACUGUUCAGAUUGUGGAAAAAGCUUUUCAACGUCACAUACUUUGAAGAUGCACCAGAAAACACACACAGGAGAGAAAUCUUAUAGCUGUGAUCAAUGUGGGAAAAGUUUACCUCAGUCAAGCUCCCUGAAAUCCCACCGUAAACUGCACACAGGAGAGAAAUCUUUUAGCUGUGAUCAAUGUGGGAAGAGUUUUACUACAUCUAGCUAUCUGACUAUACACCAGUGGAGACACACAGGAGAGAAACCUUAUAGCUGUGUUCAAUGUGGGAAGAGAUACUCUGAUAAAAGUUAUCUGAUCAAACAUCAGAAAAUACAUACAUGAAGGAGUUGUUUCAUGACAUCAAUGAAAUAAUGUCACAAUGUAGAAUGUUUUAACACAUUGUAGUAGGAGUAUUUUAAUGAUGUCACAAUGUAGAAGCCUAAACGUUUGUCCCCUGUUCUAUUGAUUUCAGCAUGAUAUGGAUAUUAGCCUCAGGAGGAAAUCCAGGCUCUGAUUUGAAAGAGUAUUAUUUAUGUGAUUAAGCAAAA